GGUAGUAGUGGUGGGCCACUUUGAGUGUUGCAGUUGUGGCUUUAUUCCUAUUUUCCAACACUUGCUCCUAUUUUAUUUGUUGUCCCAGGUCAGGAUUUGCUUAUCUACGGCUUCAUGUUUAGAGAUGCCGUGGAAAACAAGAAAAGUUUUGAAGAUUGUUUCAGGUUUUUGCUUCCCUUCUAAUCAACCGACUUGAUGUAGAUUUUGCUGUCUUUCUCAACAGAUCUCACGGCCCUUCAUGGUACAAGGCCGAUUUGUAGUCUCUAGAUUUCAAAGCAUUCUGGUCCGUCUGUGUGCCGUUGAGGGAUUUGUUUGUCGGUUACAAUCUGACAGUUCUCAAUUCCAAAUGUGGGAUGGAGUUAUAUGUGCCAAACCAAUUCUGUCGGCAACUUGGAUACUACUAAGACAUUCCAUUCCUGCCAUUGUUUUCUUUCAACCACAGCUACCCUCUUCGGUUUGUGAUAGGAGAAUCAGAUACCUUAACCUCCACUCUUGCCAAAAUCACCCAAAUCUUGCAAAUCAUGAUCUGCCAGACCUUCCAUUCCAAUCGAGCUGCACUUCCUCUUAUGAAACUUGGUGGCAUGGAUACUUUCAACCUUGGUUUCUAGGAGUUUUAGAUAACAUCUCUACUUUAGUUCCUCCGCCACUCAUUAAGAAAUCUAGAGAAAAGGGUGUUGUAGAGGAAAGUGGUGAUCUGGAAUCUGCCUUGACCAUCCAUUCUAAAAAACCAAAUCUGCCAAGGAGUAUUUCCAGAAUUCAAACCAAGAGAAAGAUUACCAUUUCUACUAAUUCUUCAGAGGAGUAUACCCCCUCCAAGCAGCAAAGAACUAGAGGAAUCAAGAGGUCAACAGUGAAACCUACAGCUACCAAGAAACUCAUCAAAUCUGCCUCUCCAUCAGAAUCCACUUCUGCCACGGAAACCCAGAUUCAGCCUAACAAAAUAGAAGAUGUUUCUCCAAAGCCAGAUCAUGUUGAAGAAAAAAUUAUUGCAAGUGAUGAAGGUGAUUCUGCCCCCUUGCCUACAAAAUCUGGCAAUGGUUCUUCUCCAGCCACAAAGAGCUUUGCUGUUGAUGUUUCUGUGGUUGAUGAUGACUUGGAGGAUGAGCUUCUUGCUAGGUUAGACAUGUUGAUGGACCCAUGUGUCAAAUCAAAAUCUGCCUCGGAUAGCAAAGGGAAAUCUGUUGCUAAGGAGACAAAUCUGGAUACUGAUCCCCCUUCCCAAGAGCAGAUUAACUUCGCCAUUUUAACCUUGCAGGAGCUUGUUGAUGGUGAUCUUUCUCAUUUUUGCAGGGUGCCAAAUCGACCAGCCGCUUUUGAAGCGGCUCAAAUUCUUAGCCGAGCUCCACAUUUGUCAUUUGCUAAACACAAAUUUUGGGUAGAGUUCUCUAUCAUUUAUGCAGAUUUCAACAAUAAAUUCCUGGCACUUGAGAGCAAGGUAGCAGCUACGGAAUUUGUCAGGAAGUCUGUAGCAGAUGGCACUGCCGUGGUCUUUAAGAAGAAGGAAGAAUUCUUGGCAGCAAAGGAUGCUCAUGUGGCACAGAUCAAACACCUCCAUGACCUUAAGGAAGAAAUUUCUAACCUUGAAGCUAAGCUUGCAGAAUUGAGAAGCCAAGUUCCUCUUGUAGAGCAAAUGGAAAAGAAUCUGGCAGAACAAUGGAACAACCUCUGAGCAGAUAUGGAGGCUAGCUUGAAAUAUGUUUCCAAGAUCAAGGAUCAACUCCUUUUUUUCACAGCUUUUGCAGAUGAAGCCGUUGAAGAACUCAAGAACAUGAGAGAAGAAUGGAAUAGUUGGCAAAGCAACUUUUGUUGAUUUCUUCUUAUAUGUAUCUCUUUUUCUCUUUGUUAGCUGAACUUGCAUAUUGUGACCCUUGAACUUAUUGUUUGUGGCCUAUUGGCCAUGCAAACUCCUUUUUCAAUGUUGAUCUCUUUCUUUGCUCAUAUUUUGGAAAUCUCCUUGUUGCACAUUCUGUUCAUA